AUGUACAGCGAGCAUGACAUCCUAGAAGAACCAGUUCAUAUGGAUAUCGCAAUAUCUAAUGCUAAAUGUAUGUCGGUAAUGGAGGAUAAGAUACAACCCCAAGAAGCAACUACCAGUCCUUCCCUCCAACCAGAACAACCCUCCGUGCUCUUAAUAGAUUUACAUGACCGUCCCUUGAUAAACAUACCUGAAGAAAGCAGCACACAACAGGAAAAAUCCCCUUCUACACAUUCAUCGAUGCCAGACCUGGAACCUUCUUAUAGCACUGACCAAUCAAGAGAAGAGGUGCCUUUGCUAAUCUUCCCAAAUAGCCCACUCGCCCAGCCUUAUUCCUCUUUGCGGAGUACUAUGGAUUCAACAGCAAGACCUGUGACGGAACUGAUUGAAGAUCCAACAGGCCACAUAAAUCAAGUAGCCCAAAAGACCAGUAGCAGACCACAGAGAGCCCAAACUUCUGACGAGAUAGAUGGACCACACCGGGUGGCCCACCAAACUCUUUUGGAAAGGGGGCCGCCCCUGCUCAAGGUCCUACUCCUAGUAGAUCGAGUGGCCAAGUUCAACAGACAGACAACCUUGUAA